AUGUGUCAAUCUGUAUGCUUUCAUGUACAUCAAGUACAAUUUUCUGAAAUUCCAGUAUCAGAUGAUGGUUUAUUUGAACCUUUCUUUAAUAAAGUAGAAGAUUCUGCCAAAUCUCUUAUUGAAACUGAUGAGGAUCGAGAGCUUGACUUGAAGUCUUUGAUUUCGAUAGUUAGUUUUAACAAUAUUUUAGAAGUUUGGAAGAUUUCUCGAUACAAUUACCUGAAAUUCUAUCAACAUGUAAUUCUACUUAAUACUGAAGAAUACUUAUAUACUUGUUUUAUGCUUGUCACUUAUGGUAUUAUAUGCAGGCAUUUCUUUAAAGUGUUUGUUGAAUCUUCUAAUGCAUAUUUUCAUUUGACAUUGAUUUCUAAAUGUUGUAUAAGAAUGAAUAUAUUGAUUCAAGCGAUAUCUGUUCUAGUGAGAUAA